AAGUACAAACAUCCAGUCAUUAUAGUAGUUUGACAAUGAUCCUUAAACAAUGCCACAUGAGAUUCAGAGUGUUUGCUCUUAAACACAAUGGCAAACGUUUCAAAAUUCAAGACAGAGUCAACUUUUGUUGUUGUCGGUCGUCCAAUUUUUGGACGACGGUGCGCAGUUGUACUUGUGUUUGCUGCUCGUCAAGUUUGAUGACUUCUUCAUCCGACAGUCACCUUGAAAAGCGACAAUUUGGACUCCGAGCGAUGCACUUGUCUGCGCGAGAGCACACUUCUGUCAGCGGCAUCCAGUUGGAGGUAAAAAGUGAUGUUCCCAAAGGGCGGAAGCUGUUCUUUGAUACUCAUGCGGUGGUUCGGCUCUUUGAAGAAAAUGACUUCAGUACUCAGCAAGCUGAAGUGUUGGUUCAAGUGUUAGUGAAGAUGACUAACUCCAACAUGGACACCAUCUACUCUGACAUGGUCACCAAAGGGCAGCAGGAGAUUAUGUUGCAGCGUGUAAUGUCUCAGAUAGCAGCUUUAAAGAAAGAUAUGAUCAUCCUGGAGAAGAGCGAGUUCUCCACAUUACUGGCAGAGAAUGAGAAGCUGAAGAUCGAGUUAUGGCAGCUUAAAGUCCAACUAGCUGAUGUGAUGAAUAAAAUCCGCUCAGACACUUUUUUGGACAUGAACUUGGAGAAGAGUCGUGUGAAAGAACUGAAAGUAGAUCAUGAGAGGAAACUUUUGGAAACUCGCACUGAUAUUCUAGAAAUGACUGCUGAACAAGAUCGUCACCUGACUCAGACCAACAUGAAAAUAGACACUGAAGUUGCAGGUUUGAAAACCAUGUUGGAGUCGCACAAACUGGACACCAUCAAAUAUCUUGCAGGUUCAGUGUUCACUUGUCUCACUGUGGUUUUAGGUUUCUAUCGUAUUUGGAUGUAAACGUACAUUCAUCUUUUAUCACAGAAUCAUUUUGUAAACAACAUUUUUAAUCAUUCAUAACUGUUGUCUUCUUUGAAGGUUUUUGGAGGUAAAUUUGAGCACCACCUGUUUAAUGUACUGGAAAAUAUUAUAGUUUUACUUUGACAAGUAUGAAUAU